CACUACGCUGCUUUAAGGUCUCUUUGACCAUGGCGGAAACUGGAGAUCGUUGGUAGUAGAACAGGAGAAGACAACACAACUGUGGAAAUUGAAAUCAACCAGCGAGUUAAAACCAUUCCGACCAAAGAGUUUGAGGAGGAGGAAGAGCCGGGUCUGUUGACACACGCGCCGCCGGAAGAAGAACGGGGCAUGGGUCGACUCUCAUGGGCAAGUCCGGUUCAGAGAUUCCGUUUCUUCUCUUACUUAACUCAGCAGAAGGGAACAAGAAGUGUUUUGCCUUGCUCUGGCUAUAGAAAUCGGUAUCUUUCGUCUCUAGUUGAAGCUUCAGAUUGUGAACUUGAUGAAGUUCCAGAUGAUAGCAAAGUAGCGGAGAAAGACACUGCUCUACAUUUAGCAUUAUCACAGCUUUCGGGUGAUUUUGAUAAAGGCUCCAAGUUGUCAUUGCAGCGGUUUCUCAGAAAAAGGAGAGUUUCUGUGAUACCCACUGGUUCCCUUAACCUUGAUCUUGCUCUUGGAGUUGGAGGAUUGCCAAAGGGAAGAAUGGUUGAGGUUUACGGAAAAGAAGCUUCUGGAAAGACAACUCUAGCUCUUCAUAUCAUCAAGGAAGCUCAAAAGCUUGGAGGUUAUUGUGCUUAUCUUGAUGCUGAGAAUGCCAUGGAUCCUUCUCUAGCUGAAUCAAUAGGUGUGAACACGGAGGAGCUUCUGAUAUCACGACCUGAUUCUGCUGAAAAGAUGCUAAGUAUUGUCGAUAUGCUAACCAAAAGUGGGUCAGUAGACGUAAUUGUGGUUGACAGUGUUGCUGCUCUUGCCCCUCAAUGUGAACUUGAUGUUCCUGUAGGAGAAAGAUACAAAGACGCACAAUCAAGAAUAAUGACGCAGGCGCUCAGAAAAAUCCACUACUCAAUUGGCUAUUCUCAGACACUGAUCGUUUUUCUUAAUCAGGUCAGAUCACAUGUCAAAUCAAGCAUGCGUUUCCCCCACGCUGAAGAAGUGACUUGUGGAGGAAACGCAUUGCCGUUUCACGCAGCUAUACGUCUCAAAAUGAUAAGAACUGGGCUAAUAAAGACUGGCAAUAAGAUAAGUGGUCUCAAUGUCUGCGUUCAAGUAGUGAAGAAUAAACUGGCGCCAGGAAAGAAGAAAUCUGAAUUGGGAAUUCACUUUGGUCAUGGUUUCUAUGUGGAGAGAGAAGUAUUAGAAUUGGCUUGUGAGCAUGGAGUUAUCAUAAGAGAAGGAACUAGCUAUUUCAUCGAAGGCGAGGUCAUUGAUGGGAAAGACGCAGCUGAGAAGUAUCUGGUUGAAAAUAAAGAGGUUCUUGAUACUGUUGUCGAAAUCCUGAGAAACCAGCUUUUCAAGAUGUGAGAGAGAGAAGACUGUUUCUGUAGAGCCAAACAAAUGUGUAUGUUUCGAUAGAGCCAAACACCAGUUGAGCUGCUUUUUCAUCAACCUCGGCUUCCCUAUUAAGCAACGUGUAACUAAAAGGGGGGUCAGAGAAGACAUGACAAAGCUAGUUGUUGUUAGAUGUUAUCAUAGGUACUGUUCUUGCUAGAGAUUAUCAUGUGCUGCAGAUAUUCCUGUUUCAUUAUAAAGCAUUAUUUCUUUUU